UAAGCUGCAGGAGAAAAUAACCCUCAAAACUCCUGCAACUGAAGAGAGAAAAAUACAGGAUACAGAAAGAGGGAAUGAAAGACUGAGAGAGAGAGAGAAACAGAGAGAGAGAGAGAAACAGAGAGAGAGAAACAGAGAGAGAGAGAGAAACAGAGAGAGAGAGAGAGAGAGAGAGAAACAGAGAGAGAGAGAAACAGAGAGAGAGAGAGAGAGAGAGAGCGAAGUGGAGCAGCUGAAUCUGGAAGCAGAAAUCUUUUUCCAACAAGCUCAGACAGCUCUUUCUCUGUCUCUCUCUCACACACACACACACACACACACACACAGAAGAGAGUGUGUGAGGUGAGGAGUAGUGAACGAGUGCAGAGAGAGUAAACAUGGGUGAAGACGAGGUGCAGGUAGAGAAGAUCAACAUGGAGAUGGAACACGAGAGUCAGGAGCUGCUGGUGCCGUCUGACCCCCAGCCGUCUCACGGCGAGCCGUCUGUCCCUCUGCAGCUAGACGAGACCCACGAGGUGAACGCCAUCACAGUGCUGACGCUGCUGGACCAGCUAGUGAAGAUGCUGGACUCAGUGCAGGAGAAGCAGCAGCAGAUGGAGGAGUGGCAGCAUGUGAUGGAGGGAUCAGUCCGUCACAUCCAGAACGACAUGAAUAAACUGGUGAAGAGCAACAGCGUGACGACAAACAGCGUGAGCAAACUGCUGGAGAAGAACCGCAAGAUCAGCGCCAUCAUGAAGGAUGUGAGGGAGAAGAUGGAGAGACAGACGGUUCAGGUGAAGAAGCUGGAGGAUAACCACAACUACCUGCUGCACAGAGACAACUUCAGAGUGCUCAUCUUCCAGGAUGAGAAGGAGAUCCCCUCCAGUGUGUUUGUGAAGGAUCCAAUUUGUGACGCUGAAAACGAAUCCCUCUCUCCUGAUGCUAAUCGCGCACAGGAAGAAGCGGAGCUUUACACCGUCCAGCUUUCUUCAGAUGAGGAUCUCAAUGAAGAGCAGGAGGAUGAGGAAGAGUUUGUAGAAUUGAUGGAGCCUCAAGAGAAAUCUCGUGCUGAGAAGAUCAAACGCUCCAGUCUGAAGAAAGUGGACAGUCUGAAGAAGGCCUUCUCCCGCGAGAACUUUGAGAAGAAGAUGAACAAGAUUGUCUCGGUGGAGAAACGUGAGAAGAUCAAGAAGAGUCUGAGUCAGAAGAACAAGGGCGGUUCGUUUAAAAUCUUCCACGUCAAGAAGAAUCGAGAAGGAGGUGAGGAACAUGCUGAGCACGAGACCUUCAGUGAGAUCCACGCUGACCUCGCUCCAGCUCAGGAAGAAGAUGUGGAGUCUGAGGAACUGGCCAAGGAGAAGAUGGGAGGGGCUAAGGAGAAAGAGGAAAUGGAGGAAGUGGAGAAGGAGGAAGUGGAAGUGGAGAAGCAGGAAGUGGAGAAGGAGGAGGUGUCAUUGGAUGAUGUUGGUGAGAAUGAGCUAUCAAUCACAGAGGGGCUCAGGGCUGAGUAUACACUCUCAGCCACUCUGCCUCAGGAAACCUCCCACAUAUCCCACAAUGCACUGCAAGGAGAGGAGGAGGAGCAGAGGGAGAGAGAGGAAGAUGAUGAAGGUGAAGAAGAGAGCACUGCUGUAGAGAAGAGAGCUUAAAGCUUGUUCAUUCUGCUCCUCCUGCUGACCUCAGUGCUGAUACACAGGAGAUGAUGGAAUGAUGAUGUAACGAUGAUGUCAUAAUGAAAAGAGAGCAUCUCCACGAUGGGGUGAAAUUUCUAUUAGUCAACAUUUAUAUUGAGAUUAAAUUAAAGAGGAGAAACCUGAAAGCGUAAACAGUGUUUAUCAGAAAUGCCUCUGCUGGUGUCUUUAAAAUCCAGAAAUUUCAUAUUUAGAGUGUAAAAUUAAAACCUUUAUUCAAAAGUGAAAGUAAAACAUAAAAAAUGCUGUCUAUAAAUCACACUGUUUUCAGAUGUGAAUUAAAAUUCUUUACAAAAUACACUACCAUAUUUGAACACUGCUGUCUAAUGUCAUUAAUCUCUGGUCUAUAUUUGUGUAACUCUCUGUCAUAUUAACGAAGCAUUUCACCUUAACCUUUAUUUUCACUCUUAAAGCUACAUGAGAGAAAACUGAUGAUACCAAAGAAAGUGAUGAUGACGAUGAUGAUGAAUAACUCAUAACCAUGUUCACUUGCCUUGUUGUCUGAGCACCUCUGUCCAAAUGAUUCUACAAUAAACAAAUAAAGAUUCUGAA